AUGUAGAUUAAUUUAAGCAAAAAUAAGAUAGUUAAAUACCUUAUUCUAGGAUUUGACUUAAAUUAACCUUAUAAUUGGAUAAAAGCUCCUAAUUUUUAAAUUUAUUAAGAUAAAAAGGUUGAUUACUACUUAAAAAAGAAUAAUAUUUAAUAGGAUUUAACAUAAAGUAUACAGAGUAGUAUGAAAGAGACAAAAAUUAAAAACCCUUUUUUAUUUUAAAAUUGCGAAAAUAUUGUAGAAUCUCCUUAAAAAUUCAAUAACCUCAAAGUUAAAGCUCAAUAUAAUUAAUAAGAAAUACAAAAUAAAAUUUUAAGAUUUAAAUAUUCUACUUGCUUUAUGUCUUUGAAUAAAUCUUAUGAUUUAAAUUGUAGUUGCAUGAAUUAUCUGAUAGGAAAUAAAACUUAUGAUUUUAUUUAAUUUUAAGAUGAUUAAAAACAUAUCUCAUUUGAAUUUUAUAAGAUUGAAAGAUAAUUUAGUUAGAACAGUUUAAACUUUUAGUAAAAUUAUAGAGAUGGAGUUAUAGGAUUUCCAUUUGGAAAAAAUAAAGGAAGCAUAAUUUAAGAGUAUAUUAAUUCAAAUAUCAUUAAAAAGAACUCAUUUUCUCUGUAUUUAUAUUUUGACCCUUCAAAUCUAAUAUAACCUUGUGUAGUUGUAGGAGGUUUUAAUAAGGAUUAUUUUUAAGGAUAGUUUAACUACACUUAAAUGCAUAAUUAUGAAGGCUAAUAUUCAUUCCGUUUUGAUAAUUUAAAGAUUGGAAGUCUAAAUUUGUUCGAUUGUAAAAAUUAAUAUACCAUAAAAUAAUAAUAAUAAUAAUAAAAUGAAUAAUAUGAGUAAAGAAAUAAAUAGAUUUAGCAUUUUUAUGAAAAUAGAUAAAACUAAAAGAAUUCCAUAGUCUUAAAAACAGAAAAUGCAGACACUUAAAUAAAUGAAACCAAUUAAUAUAUUGGUGUAUUAUCUACAAAAGAGUUAUUUAUAUAAAUUCCUCUAAAAGUAUCUAAAGAUUUUAUAAAUAUUUUUAAAAGCUUUAAGAUUUACUGUAAAAAAAACAAAAGUAAUAUAGUAGAAUGUAUAAAGCAUAUUGAUUCAUAAUUUCCUGAUUUAGAAAUUGAAAUCAGAAAUUAAAAUAUUGAGAAUGAUCAGUAACAGUUGCAUUUAAAAGGUGAAAAUUAUAUCUGGGAAUGCAAAAGAAUAGAUUAAAACUAAAAUAUAAAAUCUUAUUUUUAAUUGGACUAUUUAUCAAUGAAGGAAACAAAAAACUCUAUUAAUAAUUACUAAAUAUGUAAGACAUUCUUUUAAGUAAAUGAACAGGUGACAAUUUUUACUUUUGGUUUUUCUUUUAUGGAAAAGUUUUAUAUACAUUUUGAUAUUGAUAAUUAAGUGAUUGGUUUCAGUUAAAUUUCAAGAAAAAGUAAUUUGGCGAAGAUUAUUAAUCAUAGUAAAUUAAAUUACAUCAUUGGACCUUUAGUAAUUUUAAUAGUCUGCUUAUACUAUUACAUUAAUUUUAGAAUAAAAACAAAAUAAAAUGAAAGUGUUAGUUUAAAUUUUUGUUAAUAAGAAAAUAAUAAAUCAAAUCUUUUAAAUUAGGCCUGA